AAAGUAUUUCAUUCUAGAGCCAGGAUCAGCUGCGUCUGGACUCAAAACUCAGCUAUCAACCACAGAAAGACUUUGUCAUGGAAAAAGUCGUGAUCCGCCAGCCUCAUCCAGACCCAGUGGAUGUCCCAAACUCUCAUGACUGGGGGAGUGGCAUCUGUGACUGCACGGAAGACUUAAAAUCAUGCUGUCUUGGCUUCUGGUGCUGCCCCUGCUUUGCCUGCAUGACUACCAAAGAAUAUGGCGAGGGUCUCUGUCUCCCCUUGCUGGAAUUCUUUAGAGCUUGGAUGUCACCCAUCACCAUGUCCAUGAGGACCAGUAUGAGAGAGCGCUACAACAUCGAGGGCUCCAUUGUGAGGGACUGUGUGUGCUCCACCUUCUGCACUCCCUGCGUUUGGUGUCAAAUGUACAAAGAGAUACAGAGAAGGAAGACCGACGUCGUCUUGGUCAAUGCUAAAACCGUAUGAGCUCAUUCUGACCGUUGGAGCUUCCAUGUUUAAAUGAUGCGUAGAGAAGUAGAAUGUUCUAAUGUGUAAAAACUGAAUUGUGAAGCUACGUUGAUUUAAGACACAGUGAAGAGCGAAGGAAUCUAGUUUUAUGUUUUUAGUGUCAGAAAUCUCUUGCCUUUUUUUUUUUUUUUUUUUUUACCUGAAGUUGUGUUUUAACUUUGUCUUGAUACAACCGGGGUAUGAAAAUUGAGCAGUAUGUAAGAAUGACUUGUAAUUACUAAGUGUAAAUGUAAAUUGUGUUCUGCUAUUUGUUUUGUUGGAAGUUAGGAAGACACAAUAAAGAAAAAUCAUUCAUCCAAA